GUGCGGUGGCUCGCCGCGGUGGGCCCCACCCCCUGCGAACCCGCAGCCCAAUCAUGAGCCCGAAACGGCAACGAGGCCCGGACGGGGGGUCGGCGCACCCCAAACGAACCUCCCACUCCUGAUCCCACCCCAGCGAAACAAAACGACGGGGCGGAGACGAGACGCGUCCCGUCCGCGCACGCUACUCGAUUGAUUGCUUCCUUCCGCCCGCUGCUGCUGCUGCCGCUGCCGCCAGAGCUCCCCUCUCCCCCCUCCCCCUCCUCGAAUCCCCCGGUGCCCUAGCCAGCCCGCCGCCCCCGACGACGACCGGCGGCGAGCGAGAGGGCGGAUCGUGCCCCACGCGCCGCUCCUUCCCCUCCCGGAGGGAGACCCUGCCGAGGAUCGAGACCGGCCGGCCGCGGAAUGGGCGGCCGCGAUGACUAGCGGGGGUCGCGCGGCGGCGUUGUUGGCGGAGGCAGCGGAGCGCAUACCAUGGUGCAGUGUCUCGACGGCGUGAAGCACCUCCUCGCGGUCCUCUUCAAGUGCUGCGACCUCGAGCUCAAGCAGCCGCGGGGGCUCGAGGACCCCCAGGUCCUCGCGCGGGAGACCGUCUUUAGCGUGAGCGAGGUCGAGGCGCUGUACGAGCUCUUCAAGAAGAUAAGCAGCGCCGUGAUCGAUGACGGGCUGAUUAACAAGGAGGAGUUCCAAUUAGCGCUCUUCAAGACGAGCAAGAAGGAGAGCCUCUUCGCUGAUCGUGUAUUCGAUUUGUUCGACACAAAGCACAAUGGAAUUUUAGGGUUUGAAGAGUUUGCUCGUGCACUCUCAGUGUUUCACCCAAAUGCUUCAGUUGAAGAGAAAAUUGACUUUUCAUUCCAGCUAUAUGAUCUUAAGCAACAAGGCUUCAUUGAGAGACAAGAGGUUAAGCAGAUGGUUGUUGCCACACUUGCGGAGUCAGGAAUGAAUCUGUCUGAUGAAAUUAUAGAGAACAUAAUUGAUAAGACGUUUGAGGAGGCAGACACAAAGCAUGAUGGAAAAAUUGACAGGGAAGAGUGGCACAAUCUGGUUCUUCGACAUCCAUCUUUACUGAAGAACAUGACUCUCCAGUACCUCAAGGACAUCACCACUACAUUUCCAAGCUUCGUCUUCCAUUCUCAGGUCGACGAUACCUGAAAUUCUUGCAGUUCUUUCGAAUCGGAACAUCAGAAGAUAAGCUUGCGGUAAUUUUGUAAAGUUUUGGCAUCGGACUGUUUGGAACUUUGGAUCGGCAGAGAGCUAGAGGCCUCGGUGCUCUGGAGGAUGUUAAAUUUGAGAACGCAAAUUGUUGUCAAAUAACUUUGCUUCUCUCAUUUGAAGAAUUUAGUAUUGUUGGGAGCCUUUGGGCAAGCUGUUAUCUCUUAUCUGAAGUUCCCAUUUUCUCCUCUCCCCCUUUUUGGUUUUUGCCUGGUUAGCGAUCAGGUCCAAUCCUCUGGGAAUUCUCCUGUGUGUACAAAAAUGGAAACAGCCUUGGCAUUGUUUGUUAUCUUUUGCUGGGAAGUUUCUCCAUCGCUUUGCAAUCUAUAGUGAAGUGGAGCAGAAAAUGGAUUGGAUUUUGUUUA